AUGGAAGACAGACUGCACAUGAGCUUACAAGGGAAGCGCGCACCUUCUGCGGGGACGACUGCGGCGGCGGACGCGCCCCCCGCGGGGCGCACGGCCGCGCGCUCAGGGCCGAGCGGGGAGGGCGUCCCCUGCGCGCGCAGCGGCUGGCGGCCCCCGGAGGGGAGUCGGGGAGCACGCGCGCAGCCGGCGGUGCUCGCGGCAGCAGGGUGGGGCGGGGUGCGGCGGGGCGCGGCGGGGCGAGGACGGGGACCGCUGCCGCAAUGCGCGCCUCCGCCUCGGCCCGGGCGCCCAGAUGGAGAGAGGGGGCGCCGUGCGCGAGCCGGCUGUGCCUGCGCGCCCGCGCCCGGGGCUAUAAAAGCCUCGCCACCUGCUGCCACUAGUGCAUCCAGUUGCCCGGAGCAGCCAAUUCACCUCCUCCAGCGGCGCCUCCUCUGGACAUGGACCCUGAGACCUGCCCUUGCCCUACUGGUGGUUCCUGUACCUGCGAUGGCUCCUGCAAGUGUGAGGGAUGCAAAUGCACCUCCUGCAAGAAGAGCUGCUGCUCCUGCUGCCCUGCAGAAUGUGAGAAAUGCGCCAAGGAUUGUGUGUGCAAAGGCGGAGAAGGGACAGAAGCUGAGGCCGAGAAGUGUAGCUGCUGCCAGUGAGGACAUGCGCCUCCCUAUGAACCAGGUGUGAAGAGUGCCGGGUGGCACUCUCCUGUGCUGAGGCUUGUCUGUGUGUCCCCUUCCUCUGCCAGCCCCUGGCAAGUGACAAUAAAUCCUAUGAAUGGCAUAA